AUGCUGCGACAGCAGAAACCGAAAUCUGAAAUCAUGAAAAAUUACAACGGCUACGCUGAUGAAGGCACCCUGCGGACGUACCAGAGAGCAGGAUGCGACGACGAGGUGGUGACCUUGAAGUGCCCUCCGGGAACGAGCAUCUCCAUAGAGAUCGCCCAGUACGGCAAGGCGGCGCCCACCAAGACGCUGUGUGGCACCAGGUCGACGCCUACGGCUGCAUCCAGGACGUCCUACAGCUACAACGUGUCCUGCCUGUGGCCCAACGCGAUCCAGACUGUCGUGGAGGCCUGCCAGAAGAAGAGACAAUGCAAGUUCCAGACCAAUCCGAAGACCUUCGGCGGCGAUCCUUGUCCAGGAAUCAGGAAAUACGUCGAGGUAGCAUACAAAUGCAGACCAUACGAAUUUCGAAGUAAAGUGGCCUGCGAAAACGAGAGGAUCCAGCUGAAGUGCAAUCCGAACUCCAGGGUGGCAGUAUACAGCGCCAGUUAUGGCAGGACGGAAUACGAGAGUAUCCAAUGCCCGCAACCACAAGGCGUUCCAGAAGAAACAUGCCUAGUUAGCUACGCGACAGAAACAGUCAUGCAACUCUGCCACGGAAAAAGAAGCUGCGACCUAUCGGCAGACAUCAGCACAUUCGGCAGUCCUUGCAAACCUGAAUCUAGGAUGUACCUGAAGGUCGUAUACACGUGUGUGCCCAGAAGGGUUCUAAAGGACCAAUACGAAGGGGUCUUGGAACCCGACGAAACUGCAGAAGAGCCAUCUAACGACGAAGACGACGAUUUCGAGACAUACGACGCUGGAAACGAGUACAUAAGGGAGUCAGCUGCCUCUCCUCCCGCCCCCAACAUUGAAGGGGUUGCCAAAGAUAAUUUCACCAAAGAUCUCGAUGACAUAAGUUCGAAACUCCCUCCUUACAAGUCCAACGGGCUCGAUUUUGUUGCUACAGUAUUGGUGACGAAUCUCGACCAAAUCGACGAAAAUCCCAUUCUGAAUUUCGAGUUGGAACAGUUUCAUUUGCUCAGAAAAAUGAAUCGGCGUGGAUUAUUAUUAGUCAAUAUGGUGAGAAAGAUAGAUAAAGAAAAUGCCAGUCCCAAUAUACCAUCUCAAAACGAGAACUUGCAAGCAGCUAUAUCAGAGCAGAGAGACUUAACAAUUUCGACUGAUCAGUCGAAUCAACAAUCAAGCACAAGCACUUCCAGUGUGGCACAGCUGAAAAACAAACGAACCGAUUACUACAUUUCACCAAUACAUAGCGACGAGAGUGAUUUUGAUGAUUCUGAUGCGGAUCCAAAUUUUGUGAUUUCUCCUGAUGAACCUGGACCAUCUAAGGUUAUAUUUUCUCCUAUCUCUCCUUCUUCAGGCAGCAGUAGUUCCAGCAGUUCAUCCAACAGUUCAUCCAGCGACAGCAGCUGUUCUGAUACCGACACUGAAAAUAAUAAUGCAGUCCACCUUGAUGAUCAUCGACUCAACAUCGAAGAUAAUUCUACGAUUGUAGAAAAUCAAGACCAAAAUCCUGUCACAGAAGUUAAGAAAGGGAGGAAGAGAGCGAGAAAUCCAUCAACGUGGAAAACGAAAGUUGCAAAAACAUUGAGAAAUUCUGGCAGAGCUUACAAUUCUUUGUCUAAAUCGAAGAAACAUGUGCCAGAAAGAAAACUUCGUCCGCCUUGUGGAGCCAAGUGUCGGCUAAGUUGCAAAAGCAAUUUUGAUGAACCAUCGAGGCAAAAACUUUUCAGUGCCUACUGGGAAUUAGCUGAUCUUCAGAGACAGAGAGAGUUUAUAGUACGUCACUCACAAGAAAUCAAACCAAAGUACAGGUACUCUAGCACACAAAAUUUUAGAGCUCUAAAUACGGCAUUUUAUUUUGAGAGCGAUGGAACAAGAAUAAGAGUGUGUAAAGCAUUCUUCAAAUCCACUCUUGACUUAAAUGACAGAGUUAUCAAAACCGCACUCUCCAAAAAAUCUGAAUCAGGUGUGAUAGAAGGCGAAUUGAGAGGGAAACAUGGGAAUCAACCAACUAUUGAUCCACAAGUCAGACGUAGUGUUAUAGAUUUCAUAAAUUCUAUACCAAGAAUUGAAUCACACUACCUAAGAGCUCAAACAACAAGAGAGUUCAUUUGCAGUGAUAAAUCUCUUGCUGAUUUAUACCGGGAUUAUAAAAUACUACGUGAAAACAACGGCUUGCCCUAUGCUACAACAUCAACAUUCAACAGAAUAUUCAAUACUGAUUUUAAUAUUUCUUUCUUUAUACCAAAAAAAGACCAGUGCGAUCUUUGCGAGAGUUAUAAAAAUGCAGAUGAAACAGGAAAAGAAAAACUAUACCAGAACUACGAACAACACCUUAAAGAAAAGACUUUGGCAAGGAUAGAGAAAGAUAAUGACAAGAACAGGACAGAUGGUACCAUCGUUGCAGUUUACGAUUUGCAAGCAGUUAUGCAGGUGCCAAAAGGACAAGUUUCGCUUUUUUUCUAUAAGUCUAGGAUAAACUGCCUGAACUUUACUGUCAGUGAUUUGGAAGUGAAGAACGUAGUUUGUUACUUUUGGGAUGAGACCGAAGGAGCAAGAGGAGCUGUGGAAAUUGGUAGCUGCAUACUUGACUACAUCAAAGCUCAAUCGGAGCGAAAUCCCGAAAAUGGAAUUGAAAUAAUUUUCUACUCAGAUAAUUGUUGUGGACAACAGAAAAACAAAUACCUGUUAUCUGUUUAUGCUUACGCUGUUAUCAACAUGAAUGUAAAAUCAAUUACACAUAAGUUCCUGAUACGCGGUCACUCUCAAAAUGAAGCCCCGUAUCAGCCGAUAGCCACUCGCCCCCAUUCUCGAGCCGACGUUUCGGAACCGAACUGCACCAUCACGGUGUACGUUCAAACACGGGAGGAUAAGAGAGUGAUCGGAUUCGUAUCCGAAUGGAUAAAUGCUUAUACAUUUGUCUCACAAAACCAGGAACGUUUUUUCCUGUACCUUAUUGUGAGUGUAGCAGCAAGUUUGCUCCUCUUGCUCAGCUUCCUAGUAGGACGCUUGCUCCUGCAAAGACACCGAGCCAGGAGGGACGCUAAAUUCCAUGCCACAAAUAUAUCAGAUAACAGCCUUCCCAACGGCUUCACAGACGAUAUCAGCGAAGUCGAUGCAGAUAUAGAUCUGACCACUCCGCUACCUUGUCCAGUACCAUCAGUUACCAUCCAUUCCCCACCUAUCGGGAGCAUAGCUGAGGUGGUCCGGUAUCCACAUAUCCAUUCACACACCUUACGCAGACCUGUCCACAUGGUGGAGGCAGAGCUGCCUCGUGGUCUGAGUACUGUCCCAUCCAGCCACUACUACUACGGAUGACCAGAAUGCCCGGGUCGUGGAAAUUCGACUGUUCCCCAGUCGCCUACCACUUCUGCGUGCCCGGGCCAGCGCACCUACUGCUUCUAGUGCUUAGUGCCAUGAGUCGGACAUUCAGUGAACCAGACCAAAGAUGUAAUCACCUCAGAAGAGAGGGUGGGUCUAAGGGGCCCUUGUGAGCCGAGUAUGCGAGGAUUUCGGGCCACCUCAGGGGGUUGUAGGUCUGUACAAAACACAUCCGCCAGGGUUUCCUGAAAGUAAACUGGGAUAGUUCGACUGAGCAUCUUCCUACUAUUGAUCGAGCCAUGAGAGGAGGGUGAAUUCUUCACUUGAAUAGUUCAUAAUCCUUGAUUUGUUUCAUCCUGAAAUUGUUUGAUCUAUCUAUCUAGGGGAUCACUGUCAAGACAGUAAUAAGGUAGGUGUGUUUCAUUCAUAGUGAUACGCUUGAGGUGUGCUUUAUGAUGGGUUUUAUUCAAAUAAUAAUCCCCUUAAGAUGUGUUUACCGCAUAUUAAUCCUCACAAGGUCAUGCCUGCGAAAUUUUAGAGUGAUACCUAUCAAGGAUGAGCUAUUCAAGAAACUGUUCAUAGUGCUAGACCUUCAGUGCCCUAUGACGGGGUAUUUUCAGAUAGUGGUGAAGUUGAAUCGUUCUAUGUUAAUUUCAGGAUUUUGCUGUUUUGUACAUAUGUAUUAGAGACAUCCUUAAUGAUUGAUUAGUGGCUGAAACUGCCUUGUAGAUAUAGAAAGUAUUUGUCGAUCUACAGGUCAGUAAUACAAAAUGUAUCAUAAUAUUGUUAUAGACUGUGAGAAAUCAAAACUUGCUUCUAAUUUAUCCUUGAAUUUCUUUGCUUCCACAAGAAACUUACAGGUAAUGUGAAAAAAUAUGAAGCAUGACGGAAUAAGACUUCAAUUCCAUAUUUAUG